AUGAUGAUGAUGACGAUGAAGAUGACGACGCAAUACACUUUCUGGAUUCUCUUGAUCUUCUCCAUCUUAAUUGCUUCUUGCUCCACGAUUCUAGCUCUAGGAGGUCCAGGAAUCGGAACCAACUAUGGCAAAUACGGCUCCAACCUUGGCGUUCCAGAAAUCGGAAUCAACUAUGGACGUUACGGCUCCAAUCUUCCUCCACCCGAAGCCCUCCCAUCGCUAGUCAGCUCUCUCUCCAUCAAACAUGUCAAAACCUUCGACAUGGAUCCACGAGUCACCAAAUCCUUCGCCAACACCGGAAUCUCUCUCUCCCUCUGCAUCCCCAACGACAAGAUCCCAAUUCUAGCCUCAAAUCUCUCCGAAGCCGAAUCAAUCAUCAGGAAUCUCAUCUUGCCUUACCACAAGAACACCAUCAUCACUUCAAUCUCCGUCGGGAACGAGGUCUCGCUACUGCCGCAAUUCUCCGGCAAACUCGUCCCGGCUAUGGUGAACGUUCACAGAGCAAUCAAGAGAUACCGAUUGCACAAGAAGAUCAAAGUCUCCACGACGCAUUCCCUCGCGAUUCUCUCCAGACGAUUCCCUCCGUCGACUGCGGUUUUACACAAAUCGAUCGCCGAAUCGGUUUUGAAACCACUCCUGAGGUUUCUCCAGCGAACGAAUUCUCCUCUCAUGGUGAAUGUGUAUCCAUACCUCGCGUACAAGCAAUCGUACCCUUCGAUUCCACUGGAUUUCGCUCUGUUUCAGCCGGAGAACAGCCCCAAACGCCGGAGAUACACCGAUCCGUACAGUGGAAUCGCGUACACCAACCUGUUCGACAUAAUGCUGGAUUCUGUUGACUCCGCAGUGAAAUCCCUGGGAUUACCGAAGAUUCCGGUGGUUGUAUCGGAGAUCGGGUGGCCGACGAGUGGAGAUCCCGGCGAGGCAGCUGCUAGUUUGGAGAAUGCUAGGGUUUUUAACCAGCGGCUUGUUGAGCAUCUUAGAAGAAGGUGGAAUAAGGUUCCUGUGUAUAUCUUUGCUCUGUUCGACGAAGAUCAGAAAACCGGAGCCGCCGUGGAGAAACACUGGGGAUUGCUGUUUGGGAACGGCUCGAGGAAAUAUGAUCUGAAUAUCUAG